AUGUUUUACGUGAUUGGUGGAAUUACUGUUUCCAUCAUUGCAUUUUUCUUCACCAUCAAGUUCCUGUGUGAGCUUGCAGCCAGGGUUGUCAGCUUCCUGCAGAAUGAGGAUCCAGGCCGCCGCGGUGACCGCAGCAUCUACGACUAUGUGCGGGGAAACUACCUGGAUCCACGCUCCUGCAAGGUGUCCUGGGAUUGGAAGGAGCCACAAGAACUGUUCUAUAAGAACGGUCAGCCAUUCCCAGCCCAUCGGCCAGUGGGGUUGAGGGUCAACAUCACUCAUAUUGAAUUGGCUCUGGAUAUUCCUGUUACACAGGAGGUUUUACAAGAACAGGAGUCCAAUGUGGUAAAAGUCACUUUUACCGUGCGCAAGGCCGGUCGCUACGAGGUGGCGGUCAAGCUCGGCGGGCUCAACGUUGCUUACAGUCCUUACUAUAAAAUAUUCCAGCCAGGUACAGUCGUCCCAUCCAAGACGAAGAUUGCCUACCAUUUUUCGACCCUGGUGCUAACCCACAGCCAGCAGCACACUCUGCAAAUUGAGCCUAGGGAUGAAUACGGAAACCCCACGAGUAACUCCACAUCACUCACGGAUGAGGCCAACUAUAGCCUUCACAUGCACUCUCUGGGUACAGCGGAUGACGAAAGCGUGGAGGGUUACUACUGUAAGACUGUCUCCGUUAACAAGCAGCAAUGUCAGGUUUUGAUGAAGUUGACUCUGCGGAAGAACGGCUGCUUCAAGGCCCGCAUCACCUAUAUGGAUCAGCCACUCAGCAAUGGGGAAUUUGACAUUAUUGUUCUCAGUGAGAAUGAGAAGAGCUACGUGGAGAAAAACGUGUCCACGCCGGGCAUCAGCAUCUACUUUGAGGCGUACCUCUAUAGCAACGGGAAUUACAGCAGCUCCCCGUGGCAACUACCACCCUCCUCAUUUCUAGCUCCACAGAGGAGGCCCUCCAUGGGCGAGGAAGAGGACGAGCAUGACUCUCCUGUGGAGGGUCAAUCCGAGAAGGUUAAGAAACCAAAAAAGGUCUACUGUUACAUAUCGCCAAAGCAACUAUCUGUGAAGGAGUUCUACCUGAAAAUUAUUCCAUGGCGCCUUUUCACCUUUCGAGUUUGUCCUGGAACAAAGUUUAGCUAUCACGGUCUCGACCCUGUUCACAAGUACCUAACACUAGUGGUGGAUGAUGGAAUACAGCCGCCUGUGGAGCUCAGUUGCAAAGACAGGAACAUAAUGGCCGCCACCUUCAUUCGCUUUCUUCACAAAAACAUAGGCGGCUCAGAAACAUUUCAGGACAAGGUGAACUUCUUUCAACGUGAACUCAGGCAUAUCCACUCGAAGAAACCUCGCACCAAGACCAGCCUGAAAAUCAUCCGGCACUCCAUUCUCGAUUCAUCCCUGAAGGCAACACGGAAUUUCUCGGUGUCAGAUUGGAGUAAAAACUUUGAGGUGGUCUUUCAAGAUGAGGAAGCUCUAGACUGGGGAGGGCCACGCCGAGAAUGGUUUGAGCUCAUAUGCAAGACCCUCUUUGACACCUCCAACCAUUUAUUCACCCGCUUCACCGACAACAACCAGGGCCUGGUGCACCCAAAUGCUGAGCGACCGACGCACUUGCGGCUGAAGAUAUACGAGUUUGCCGGCCGCGUUGUUGGGAAGUGCCUGUACGAGUCUGCGCUUGGGGGGGCUUACAAACAGUUAGUCCGAGCUCGCUUUACACGCUCUUUCUUGGCUCAAAUCAUCGGUCUAAGGAUGAAUUACAAGUACUUUGAGACGGAUGACCAGGAGUUCUACAAGACCAAAGUGUGUUUCAUCUUGAACAAUGACGUCAGUGAAAUGGACCUAGUGUUUGCUGAGGAGAAGUACAACCGGUCAGGGCAGCUGGAAAAGGUGGUGGAACUGAUCUCAGGCGGAGCCAACAUUGCUGUUACCAAUGAAAACAAGAUGCAUUAUCUCAACCUGCUGGCCCAAUAUAGGCUCGCCAGCCAAGUGAGAGAUGAGGUAGAACACUUCCUGAAAGGUUUGAAUGAACUGGUUCCAGAAAACCUGCUAGCCAUAUUUGAUGAAAACGAGUUGGAGCUGCUGAUGUGUGGCACCGGCGACAUAAACGUGCAGGACUUCAAGGCCCACGCCGUGAUCGUCGGCGGGUCGUGGCAUUUCAGGGAGAAGGUGAUGAAGUGGUUCUGGGCUGUGGUGUCCAGCUUCACCCAAGAGGAGCUAGCUCGCCUCCUGCAGUUCACCACCGGUUCCUCCCAGCUUCCCCCCGGAGGCUUCAACACCCUUUGUCCCUCUUUCCAAAUCAUCGCAGCCCCGACACAGAGCACCUUGCCCACCGCCCACACCUGUUUCAACCAGCUGUGCCUCCCGACCUACGACUCGUACGAGGAGCUGCACAAAAUGCUAAAAUUGGCCAUUAGCGAGGGCAGCGAGGGCUUCGGCAUGCUCUGA